AUGAUGAAGCUUCAGAAUCAGCCUCUUUUCUCACUCACACUUAUACUCAUCUUCCUUUCCCAUUGCACCAAAAUCAUAUCCCAAGCUCCUGCUGCUGCUCCGGCUGCUCCUGCCGCCCCAGCUACCCCAGCUGCCCCAAUUGCCCCAGCUGCCCCUAUUGCCCCAACUGCCCCAGCAAUUACAGGGCCAGCAGUUCCAGCACCACCAGCAGAUGCCCCUGCACCUGCAGGCCCAACCAACAUCACCAAAAUCCUUGAAAAAGCAGGUGGCUUCAAUGUCUUAAUCCGCCUUUUGAAAAGCACCCAAGUAGACAACCAGCUCUACAGCCAACUCAACAACUCAAAUAGCCAACUCACCGUUUUAGCCCCCACUGACAGUGCCUUCUCAAAGCUCAGCACAGGCUCACUCAACUCGUUGAGUGAUGAGCAAAAAGUCCAGCUUUUACAAUUCCAUCUGAUCCCAGAUUUUCUCACAAUUCAAAACUUCCAAACUCUCAGCAACCCAGUGAGGACCCAAGCUGGAGAUGGAUUUGAGUACCCACUAAACAUUACCACAUCAGGCAAGGCAGUUAACAUAUCAACUGGUCUUGUCAACACCUCCAUUUCAGGCACUGUCUACUCUGAUAGUCAAAUUGCUAUUUACCAACUUGACAGUGUGCUCCAGCCUUAUGGUGUUUUUGCUCCCAAGCAUCACCCACCUUCACCGGCACCGGCUCCGGUGCAAGAGAAGCCUAAAAAGACGUCAUCAUCUGAUGACAGUCCUGUUGCUGAAUUGACGAAGUCUGGUGCUGUGCCUACUCUGAUCCCCAAACUUAAUGGCGUUGUUUCCAUUGUAGUUUCUGUGGUUGCUGCUGCAGCAUUAAGCUUUUUGUGACAGAAUUGU